GAACAACGUCACGGUCAUAAUUUGGAAGUCGAUGUGGUAGGAUACUUCGCGUGUAGCUAUCUCUUCCGGUGUGUAGUCAAGUGAGACUUGUUACUAUUAAAUUUCGUGUAGUAUUUAUUAAUUAAAGAGACAUUUGCAAUGGCCAUCAGUGACCUUAAGACCGAUAAGGGCGUGAAAGACUUGAACGCUUAUCUCGCUGAACGCAGCUACGUCGAGGGAUGGCAGCCAUCACAAGCAGAUGUAGCUGUUUUGGAAGCUUUGGGAAAAGCUCCAUCAGCAGCAAAUCCACAUGUACUUAGAUGGUACAACCAUAUUAAGUCUUAUGACCUCAAAGUUCUACCUGGUGAAAAGAAAGCUCCUUCCAUUCUUGGAAGCAGUGCAACUCCAACUGCUUCAUCGGCAGCAAAACCAGCUGAUGACGAUGAUGUGGAUCUAUUCGGUUCUGAUGAAGAAGAAGAUGCAGAGGCUGCUAAAAUUAGGGAAGAAAGAGUUAAGGCAUAUGCAGAGAAGAAAUCUAAGAAACCAAGUGUCAUUGCCAAGUCCAGCAUUGUCAUUGAUGUAAAACCAUGGGACGAUGAAACAGAUAUGAAACAAAUGGAAGAACUCGUCAGAUCUAUCAGUAUGGAUGGCCUUUUCUGGGGUGCUUCAAAACUUGUGCCAGUAGGGUUUGGUAUAAAGAAGCUACAGAUCAUGUGCAUUGUGGAAGAUGAAAAAGUAUCUGUAGACCUACUAAUUGAAAAGAUUCAAGAGUUUGAGGAUGUAGUGCAAUCUGUCGACAUUGCAGCUUUCAAUAAGAUUUAAAUAAGUCUCCUAAUUUUUACUAUCGCAUUAAUAAAUAUUACUUGUUUGUACAUA